AUGGCGCGAAGCCAGAGCCCUGCUCUCCCCAUCCUGCCCUUGCCCAAGGGCAUGAUUCUGUUCCCCGGCAUCCUGCAGAGAAUUCCGGCCACAGCCGAUCGUCCGGACAUUCCGGCGCUGCUGGCGAACAUGUACGCCCGUGCUGCGGCAGCGGACCCGGCCGAAAACGAUGGUGCCGCUCGGGCUGUCAACGAGGUGCCUGUGGUGUGCGUUCCCAUCGCCUCGCCGCUGGUUGGCCCGCGCGGCCAGCGGUUGCUGAACAGCAAAGACAAUAACAGUGUUGGUGCUACGAAAAUGCCCGGCUUUGUGGCGGGCAAGACGACCAAGGCCGACCUUUUUGGCUACGGCGUAGUGGCCAAGAUCAGCAAGAUUGAAGGCCGUGCGGCCGGAGAGUUUACGCUGCACGUCGAAGGCCGCUCGCGCGUCGUCAUCGACCGGUUCACGCAGGAGCAGCCGUGCUUUGAGGGCAAAGUGACGCUGUGCCCCGACGAAAUCGACAUUGGCGAUGCCGCGCUGUACGAAGGGUUCCAGCGGCUCAAGGCGGCGUCGCGCGAGCUGGCACAGGUGCUGCGUGUGGCCGCCAUCAUUGCGCCGGACCGGCCGCAUGCGCGGUUCACGCCGCUGCUGGCGCGGCGCCUGGACGCGUACAUCCUGAACAAGUCGAUUGCCGAGGCCGGUGUGCUGGCCGACUUCAUGACCAACAUCGUGGUGGCGUCGUACGACGAGAAACUGCAGGUGUUGGCGCAGGUCGACGUCAAGACGCGCGUGGCGCGUGUGGUGGAGCUGCUGGAGCGGCAGGUAGGCAGCAUUCGCAACAACGUCAAGAUCACGACAGUGACAAUCGAUUCGGAUGGAAACGGUGACAACAACAACAACAACGGUGGCGGCGGCGCCCGCAUCUGGGAUCCUCUGAAGCAGAGCCUGCCGCAACCUAAGAACGGCCAGGGCAUGCCUUUCAACAUUUUGAUCCCUACCAACGGACUGGGCAAUGGCAACGGCAUAUUUGGCCCUGGUAUGGGAGGUGGCGGCGGCGGCGGCGGCUUCGGCGGCGGAAACGGAUUCCGUGGCGGCCCCGGCGGCCCGCAGAGCGCCGACCAGCAAGAGCCAGACGAGGUCGAGGAGCUGGCCAAGAAGCUUGAGGCGGCAGAGCUGCCACCGGACGCUGUCAAGAUUGCCGACCGUGAGCUCAAGCGGCUGCGCAAGAUGGUGCCGGCGCAGGCAGAGUACAGCGUCAUUCGCAGCUACCUGGAGACGCUGGCCGAGAUCCCGUGGACGAAGGUGACGGACGACCGGCUGGGCCCGGGCACGCUGGCCAAGGCGCGCGCGCAGCUUGACGGUGACCACUACGGCCUCGAGCAGGUCAAGAAGCGGCUGCUCGAGUACAUGGCGGUGCUGCGCCUCAAGCAGUCGAUCAACGAGGACGUCGAGGCGCAGACGCGCGAUGCCCAGCGCGCGCUGGAGCUGGCCAAGGCGACGGCCGCGGCGCCGACCAACGACGCCGGCCCCGAGGCCCCGGCCGAUGCCAGCCCUGACGAGCAAAAGGAACAGGAGGCCAAGGCGGCCUCCGCCCGCGCCCAAGUGCAAGCGGCCGACGAGAAGCUGAAGGCGCUCGGCGCACGUCGCAUGACGGACAGGUCGCCCAUCUUGCUGCUUGUGGGCCCGCCGGGCGUGGGCAAGACGAGUUUGGCGCGGUCGGUGGCGGCGUCGCUGGGCCGCAAGUUCCACCGGAUCUCGCUGGGCGGCGUCCGCGACGAAGCGGAAAUCCGUGGCCACCGGCGCACAUACGUGGCGGCGAUGCCGGGCCUGAUUAUGCAGGGCCUGCGCAAGGUGGGCGUGGCCAACCCGGUGAUCCUGUUGGACGAGAUUGACAAGAUCGGGGCGGCCAGCAACCACGGCGACCCGUCCGCGGCGAUGCUCGAGGUGCUGGACCCGGAACAAAAUUACACGUUCCAGGACCACUACUUGUCGGUGCCGUACGACCUCAGCCGCGUGCUGUUCAUUGCGACGGCCAACAGCCUGGACACCAUUCCGGCGCCGCUGUUAGACCGCAUGGAGAUGAUCCACCUGCCCGGCUACACGACGUUGGAGAAGAAGCACAUUGCGAUGCAGUACUUGGUGCCGAAGCAGAUCCGGGUCAACGGACUGACGGACGCGCAGGUGGGGCUGGACGAGACGGUGGUGGCCAAGGUGAUUGAGUCGUACACGCGCGAGGCGGGCGUGCGCAACCUGGAGCGCGAGCUGGGGUCGGUGUGCCGGGCCAAGGCGGUCGAGUACGCGGAGGCCAAGGACAGCAACAACCUGGAGGCGUACCGGCCGCAGCUGACGGUGGAUGACCUGGAGAAGAUUCUGGGGAUUGAAAAGUACGAGGACGAGAUUGCAGAAACGAGCAGCCGGCCGGGUCUGGUGACGGGUCUGGUGGCCUACAGCUCGGGCGGCAACGGCAGCAUCCUGUUCAUCGAGGUGGCGGACAUGCCGGGCAGCGGGCGCGUGCAGCUGACGGGCAAACUGGGCGACGUGCUCAAGGAGAGCGUGGAAGUGGCGCUGUCGUGGGUCAAGGCGCACGCGUUCGAGCUGGGCCUGACGCAGGACCCCGUGGAAGACAUUAUGAGGCAGCGCAGCAUCCACGUGCACUGCCCGUCGGGCGCCGUGCCCAAGGACGGGCCCAGCAGCGGCGCUGCGCAAGCCGUUGCGCUGGUGUCACUGUUCUCGGGCCGGUCCGUCCCACCGAGCAUCGCCAUGACGGGCGAAAUUACGUUGCGCGGCCGCAUCACGGCGGUGGGCGGGAUCAAGGAGAAGCUGAUCGGUGCGCUACGGGCAGGCGUCAAGACGGUCCUGCUGCCAGCACAGAACCGCAAGGAUGUGCGCGACCUCCCACAAGAAGUCAAGGACGGCCUCGAAAUCAUCCACGUGAGCCACAUCUGGCAGGCCAUCCGGUGCAUCUGGCCCGAGGCGCAGUUCCCCGGCGCCGAGCACGUCCCAGAAGUGGAGAGCCGGCUGUAG